AUGGACAGUAAUGUACACACAGGCGGUGCGAAGCACUUCCCAAAUAAAGACGGACAAAAUCAGCCUGAUGUUUCCAAGGGGAAGCGAAGAGUUGGAGUUAUUCCCACUAUUCAAGAAAUCCAUGGAGAUGUUCUAACAACCCUUGCUAAUCAAUACUGGGCACCACAUUCAAAACUUCCUAAAAAUAAAUUUUCAGAAAAAAUUAUCGAAAGGAUCUAUUACAAAGAAAUUGGACACAGGUUUCCCAUCCGACGAAUCAUGUUGUUAGAGUUCAGUCAGUACCUAGAACUGUACCUGUGGCCUAACUUUAACCCUGGCCGUCUGUCACCCGCUUACAUCAUGAGUAUAGUGAUGAUAAUCAACGAGAAGUUCAGGCAGAAGGUCCCUGUGUGGAAAGUAUUUCGUGAUCACCCAGUCCAGGUACCGCUGUUUUUCCAUGCUGUGAAAGAGGCGAUAAAGGAAUUUAACGAUCAGUUCAGUCUCAAGGAGCAGACUGUACUGCUGAUAUUCCUGAUCCACUGUUACAACAGCUUGGAAGAAGACAUUGUACGCACACAUAUUCAGCAUACAGUUAGUCUUGGUAUUUGGAGAUGCAUUCUCCCCUCCAAGCUUCAAAGUUUACUCGAAAAGAAUCCGCGUCUAAACAAACGGUGGAAUAACCUCCAAAAGAGGGAACAGAAGCUGGGUGCGCGCGAGCGGGGACUACGCGAAAAUGAUUACAAUUUCCUUCAAAAACUCAUACACAAGUACUUUGCUGUUCUCGAGGAGAUCCCCGCUGAAGGCUUCAUCACGAUGGAAGAGGUAAAUUUCGCGGAGAGAUUUCUGGAGCUGUGUAUAGACCUCCAAGCGCAACUGCCUACACGGCGCUUCUUCAACACUCUCCUCCUUGACACGCACAUUAUAGUGCGCUCUGCACAAAGCACUCUGGCGCACCGAGAACAGGAAGGGCACUUGUUCUGCGAGCUUCUCAAGAUGGUCAAAUUUUACUCCAAGUUCGAAAUAGACGAUCUAGAAGGGAAUCCGCUUACAGAGACUCAGAUGUUAAGCCAGCAUUACGAUCAAGUUCUCUCUUUGCAGAAACAGUGCUUCGCUCACUUUAAGGAGCUGGAGGAGUUAGCGUUAGCAAACAUCAGUCAGGUAGAUUCUAGAGACAGUCUCACUGGGUACCUCAGGUCACUGAACAACAGAAGACUUCACGAGCUAGCUCACCAUCUCAACCUCUUAGAACCUUAUGGGGAAGCAAAACACAAAAGUAGUUUUAUCCUGGAGGUGAUUGUUUCCUAUCAUGAGACUAGGAUGAGCCAGAUGGAUGAGAUUAACGCUAUGCCCCUCUAUCCUACUGAAGAGAUUCUAUGGGACGAGAAUGUUGUCCCAAACGAGUUUUUCUCCGGUGAGGGCUGCUUGGCUCUACCUAAACUGAACCUUCAGUUUUUAACGCUCCACGAUUAUUUGCUGAGAAACUUCAACUUGUUCAGAUUGGAAACUAUGUAUGAAAUCAGACAGGACGUAGAAGAUGCAGUUUUGAGAUUGUGCCCGUUUCUAACAUCCGACCAGUCGACCCAAUUCUCUGGGUGGGCCCGAAUGGCGCUGCCUGUCGCAAAGUUUACUGUCGUAGAGGUCGCCAAACCACACGUGGGAAAGAACCAUCCUUCACGAGUCAGAGCUGAUGCCACAAUCAACCUUGAUAUCAGACGGAACAUUGCCACCGAAUGGGACUCGCUGAGAAAACAUGACGUUUGUUUCCUUCUGACUAUCGAUGCUUUGUCUACUUCACCUACUUACAGCUCCAGAAAACCCUUCCUAGAACAGGUAAGGCUACGCUAUCUGAGAGGGUGCGAGGUGGAGGGGUAUCUGGACGAGGAGGGGAGAGUGGUAGCUGAGGGAUUUGAGAAACCUGACUACAAGACGAGAAUGAGGACUGUCAGACUGUAUCUGGAUGUCAACCAAUACCAGUUUGACAUGGAAAAGACGAUAAAAGGAUCGGAAGAUGUAUACGAAACCUUCAACUUGAUAAUGAGACGAAAGCCCAAGGAGAACAACUUCAAGGCAGUGUUGGAAACUAUCCGGGACAUGAUCAAUACGGAAUGUGUGGUUCCUGCCUGGCUUCAUGACAUCUUCCUGGGUUAUGGGGAUCCGGGGGAAGCUCACUACUCUAAGAUGCCCAAUAAAACUGAGACGAUAGAUUUCAAUGAUACAUUCUUGGACGCGGAGCACCUACUGGAGAACUUCUUAGGAUCGGAGAUUAAGUGUGAUGCAGCUCCCGAGAAACAGAUCAAACCAUUCAAAAUCCACUUUCCUGAAAAAGGAGCCGGCCUGGAAGUGAUCCCGUACACCCUACCCAACCCCGGCCCUUACCCUUACAACAAACCCAAAGAGAACAGCGUCAGAUUCACUCCUACACAAAUAGAGGCCAUCAAGGCCGGUUGUAAUCCUGGUUUAACAAUGGUCGUUGGACCUCCUGGUACAGGAAAAACGGACGUAGCAGUGCAGGUGAUCAACAACAUUUACCACAAUUUCCCGAACCAGCGGACCCUGAUAGUAACACACAGUAACCAGGCUCUUAACCAGCUCUUCCAGAAAAUCAUCAACUUGGACAUUGACGAACGGCAUCUUCUUAGGUUGGGUCACGGAGAAGAAGGUUUGGGGACGGACAAGGAUUUCAGCAAGUAUGGCAGAGUUAACUACAUCCUAGCACAUAGGUUGGAGUUACUGAACGAGGUGGGAAGACUCCAGAAGAGUUUGGGGGUACAAGGUGACGUGACGUACACUUGUGAAACGGCCGGGUACUUUAACCUUUAUCAGGUAAAGAGUAGAUGGGAUGAGUUCAUGACAAGACUGAAGCAGAAAAGCGGAAGUGAGGAGGGAAACGAGGCUUGUGAUGUCAAAGAGCUGUUUCCUUUCCAUGUUUACUUUAGCAACGCUCCUCAGCCCAUCUUCAAAGGAGAUUCCUAUGUAGAAGAUCUGGAUCAAGCAGAGGGUUGUUAUAGACACAUCCAAAAAAUAUUCGACCAACUAGAAGAGUUCAGAGCGUUUGAGCUAAUGAGAAGUGGUCUGGACAGAGCGAACUACCUGCUGGUCAAGGAAGCUAAAAUAAUUGCUAUGACCUGUACUCACGCUGCUCUCACCAGGAGGAACUUGGUUAAACUCGGAUUCAGAUACGACAACAUACUGAUGGAGGAAUCAGCUCAGAUCCUGGAGAUAGAAACCUUCAUCCCCCUCCUACUACAAGAGCCUGAGGAUGGGCACAACAGGUUGAAACGAGUUAUCCUGAUCGGGGAUCAUCACCAGCUGCCCCCAGUUAUCAAGAACAUGGCCUUUCAGAAGUACAGCAAUAUGGAACAGAGCCUCUUCACUCGCUUUAUUCGACUAGGAGUACCAGCAAUAGAGCUAGACAAACAAGGAAGAUCCCGGGCCUCACUAGCUAACCUGUACAACUGGCGCUACAAGAAACUUGGCAACUUGCCGCAUGUUCUCAACAGUUCCGAGUACCUUACCAGCAAUCCCGGUCUCUCUUUCGACUAUCAGCUUAUAAACGUUGAAGAUUUCAACGGUGUCGGAGAGUCAGAACCAAACCCUUACUUCUAUCAGAACCUUGGUGAAGCUGAAUAUGUUGUUGCUGUCUACAUGUACAUGCGACUCUUAGGCUACAAGAGUGAGGAAAUCACUAUACUGACAACCUACAACGGACAGAAACACCUUAUCAGAGAUGUUGUGAAACAGAGGUGUGGGGAUAACCCCGUGUUUGGUUUCCCUAAAACCAUCACUACUGUCGACAGAUAUCAGGGAAGUCAGAACAACUACAUCCUGCUCUCCCUAGUCAGGACAAAGACUGUGGGUCAUCUUCGUGACGUCAGACGGCUCAUCGUGGCUAUGUCACGUGCACGACUGGGACUCUACGUCUUCGCUAGAGUCGGUAUAUUUGCUAACUGCUACGAGUUGACCCCCGCCUUCAAACAGCUCCUGAAGCAUCCCACAGAGCUCCACAUAUAUCCUGACGAGAGGUUCCCCACAAACAGGAAGACUGGAGACUUGCCACCUUCUGCUAAGGUCAUCAAGGAUAUGCCGGAGAUGAGCAAGUUUGUGUACGAUUACUACUACCAAGUAAUUGAAAAGUUGACGAAGGAGCAGAAUGAGCUUAACAAGCAAAAAGAAGCUGUUGAAUCUGCUGCUCAUAGAUUCCAGACACCUAAGGAAGCUAAAACGAUAGAUGCACCGAUUGAGGAAGAUCCUGAAAAGAAGAAGAAGAACCUGGAAGAAACUCUUGCUCAGCCGUUCCUGGCAAUAGACGACGUUGGUACAGCAGAAGACCGGGAUGAUAGCGAGAAUAGUGAUAACGAGGAUGUUGUCCAUCCAAUCCGGAUACUGCCCUCUAACUUCCAGGAUGUAAGGGACGAGUUCCAGCCCUUUCCUCACGUCAAAUAUGAGGAGGAAGAAACAGAAGAGCAGUCGAGUGAGGCAGCAGCAGCAACUGAGCAGUCCGCUGAAAUGGAGACGACCCAGACUGAGCAGGAUCAACCAGCUGAAGAUAUUGCUGGAAUUCAAGAGACCGAGGUAGACUCCAACAAGGAAGCGGGAGAGAAGGACGAAACUGAGGCAGUGGAGGAGAUACCUGAUAACGAUGCAGGUGUGAACAGUAAACCGGUUGAGGAUGUAGAGAUGAGAGAUGAGAAAGAGAAGGAGGGAGACAGCGAGGAGGGUGAGGAGGAGGAAUGCGGGCCUUCUCUCGACAUGAUGAGAUCCUGAACCUGAGCUUCAAACGCAGAAAGUUAAACUUAAAGCGUCCAUCAGCCAGUUACUUCACAAAUAUGUGCACUUAAUUUAUACAUUUUAUUCUUUUUUAUUAUAUUUACUCGCUUUUAUGUCAUGACGAAGAUUUUAUUUUUGUUCUAAAUCAAAUUUCUCAUUUAAUUGCAGCCUCAUUUUAUCUCAGCCUCUCUUCAAAUGUUAGAUAUGUGCUGUUAUUUUUGAUCUUUUCCUUGGUGGACGCUUUUGUUUUGGAUUGGCAGGUUCCAUUUAAGAUUGUUCAGCGAAUGAUUUUUCUCAAAAUGAAAUGUUUUCUUUAUAUUGAAAAUAUCUUUUACUUUUUAUUUA